GGCGCCGCCCGCGCCGGCCGCUCCGGCGCCGCUCUGUCCAGCGUCGCGGUCUCGGCGGCACAGGAUGGCGGAGGAGAGCGGCGUCUGCAGCUUUGUGUUCAAGAAGCGGGUCCGGGCCGCGGGCAGCGGCCGGCGAAAACGGCCCGGCAGCGACCAGGAGCGGGAGAGCAGCGGGGAGGAGGGCAGCACCGUGGUGCGCAAGGAGCGGCGGCGGGACACCCCCAACCCCAUGAUCCAGAAGACCAGGCGCUGCACGAGGGAGAGGCCGGACUACGCGCCGAGCAGCAGUGAGGAUGAGGAUCCUGCCAAGGAGAUCGGGGUCACCUACAAAUCCACCAGGUCGGCGAAACCUGUUGGCCCAGAAGACAUGGGAGCCACAGCAGUGUAUGAACUGGACACAGAGAAGGAGAAGGAUGCCCAGGCCAUCUUUGAGCGCAGCCAGAAAAUCCAGGAGGAGCUGAGAGGAAAGGAAGAUGAUAAAAUUUACCGUGGCAUUAACAACUACCAGAAGUAUGUGAAGCCCAAGGACACAUCGAUGGGAAAUGCCUCCUCAGGAAUGGUGAGGAAAGGCCCCAUCCGUGCUCCAGAGCACCUGCGGGCCACGGUGCGCUGGGACUACCAGCCCGACAUCUGCAAGGACUACAAAGAGACCGGCUUCUGCGGCUUCGGGGACAGCUGCAAGUUCCUGCACGACCGCUCGGACUACAAGCACGGCUGGCAGAUCGAACGGGAGCUGGACGAGGGCCGCUACGGCGUCAACGAUGACGAAAACUACGAGGUGAGCAGUGAUGAGGAGGACAUGCCUUUCAAAUGCUUCAUCUGCAGAGGUUCCUUCAAGAACCCUGUGGUCACCAAGUGUCGGCACUACUUCUGUGAGAGCUGUGCCCUGCAGCACUACCGCAAAUCCCAGCGCUGCUACGUCUGUGACAAGCAAACCAACGGCGUCUUCAACCCUGCAAAAGAGCUCAUGGCAAAACUGGAAAAACACAAAGGGGAGGAAGAAGAGGAGCAACAGUCAGACCAAGAAGGGGAUCCACAGUAGCAGAACAUAUUUUGUACAUAACUUAAUAAAGCCCUGUUUGUAAGACUUCCUAACAAGCCAGGAAAUCAAUAUCUUCUUACUAACAGUAAGAUUAAAUCAGGAGCCAAACCUGAUCAUGGGGAGGAAGAAGAACUGGGCCUGGCCUUAACAAACAGUCCUGCAACUGGGAGAAUUUUACUAAAACUUUCAGAAAAGAGCAAGUGCAGGUGUGUGCAGCUUGUUGCUUUAAUUGAAGUAUGUUUCUGAAGCAUGAAGGCAGCUGGCAUAAACUGGUGAGCUGUAUGAAACUAAGGCAAAAGUGAGCAUGCACAGCCAGCCUGUCACCCUCUGUGAUUCACUCCAUCAUCCUGCACAAACAGCAGACUUAAAAAACAACUUCAGAAAUAUUUUAUUUGUUUUGGAAAAAAAACUAGAGUAACAAACUUUAUCUGGGUUCAAGUACAAUUUAUAAACACAAGAAGGACCUGUUGCCAGCACCACUACUCCCAUCAACUGCACCUAUACAAGGAUUCUCAGUGCUUCAGUAAAGAGCAGAUGACCUUCAGCACCAUGGUCCUUGGAAAAAAGGUCAAACUAAAAGCCUUAAAUACACACCUCCAAAUAAACCAAACACCACGGAGUGGGGGAGAGCUGCCACAGCAGCAGGGCAGUCACACAGCCAUGAAUCACAGGGAGCCACGUGAGCAGCUUUUACCUGUCAGUGAGGGAAGG